UUUUGGGAAGCGAUAAGGAGCGUGGAGUGUGAAUUGUGUGCCUCUCUUGUUUUGGGAUAAAAUAUGUCUUCGGCUCGAGAAGCACGCUUGAGAGAUCUACCUCAUCCCAAUUUAAAUGACGUUCUUAAAUCCAACACUUACAGCGCCAUCAAACUCCUCAAAACAGUUGGUGAAUUUACCCACAAGGUGGCUUCUCUUAAAGAGCAGUUAGGAAACCAACUCCUUUCUCUUGUGGAAUCUUUCCGCAAGAAAAACUUAGAAAUGAAGAAAGACAGAUCAGCUUUAAGCAGUGCUUUCAGCUGCUGGGAAACGCUGCUUGGGGAAUAUGAAAAACAAGCACAGGAUAUGUUAAAGAUAUCAUCCAAUCUAGUGCGACAGGUGAAUACUCCAGCAUUUGAAGAGGUUAUCAAGAAGAAAGCAGCCACCAAAAAGAUAUUUUCCUUUAGAGAUAAUGGUGAAAGUCAGAUUGAAAAGGCAGAUGAAGCAUUACAAAAGCGCCACAAGGAAUAUUCAGAAGCUUGUGCUAAACUUGCAAAGUUGCAAAGCGCAGGUGCAGAAGCUGCCAAGCAAGAACAUGUUCAGACAUUGUGCCACAAUACCCACAAUGCCUAUGUACUUCAGCUAAAUUGUGUCAACAAUAUGAAUGGAGUGUUCUAUUCUACAACACUUCCUCAAAUACUGGAUGACCUACAAGAUGUUCAUGAAGAUGUUUCAGAAUCCUUGAGGGUGGCUUUUAGUGAUUGUUCAAAGAUUGAGAAAGAAAAUAUAGUUGAUAGCGUGAAGAGAUUGGAAAGCAUACAAAGUAUGUUUCAGCUCAUGAAUAGCAAGGCAGACAUCUCCACAUUUGUUCAGGCAAAUGAUCCUGGAGCUUACUCUUCACCAGAGAAAAAUUUUCAGAAACCGGAAGAUAAUCAGCUAUUGAAUGUUACAGAUAACAGACUUUUUUUGGUGGAUGCAACGGAACCUGUGCUGAAGAGAAAGUAUAUCGCACUGCAAAUAAAGUUACGAAACUACGAUACAACGAUAAAAAAGGAUCAGGAGGCCGUGAAAUCUAUGAAAAAAUUACGUGAAAGCUACUCACAAAAUCCAUCCUAUGGAAAUGCGGCAGAACUUGAAGAGGAUCUUUUAAGGCAAAAAAAUGAUCUCAGAGUGAAGGAAUGGCUCUCCUGUGUUGCCGAGGAACAGACCAAACUUUUCACAUCAGACGUACUUAACAAACUUCAAGUUACCGAGGAUGAUCUCCAAGAUGACGAGGAAUCCAUUAGCGAAGAGGAGAGUGUUUCAGGACCAGUGGACAAGCGGCAGAGUGUGAUCAGCUCGAAAGGGAAAAAAAUAAGGAAAGCUGGGCAGCAUCAGUUUGAGGAUCACACUUUCAAGAAACCGAAAUUCUGUUUUUACUGCAAAAGUCUCAUAAAGGGAUUGAUUAAGCAGGGUGCACGAUGUAAAGUUUGUAAGAUGAGUGUCCACCACAAGUGUCGCGACAAUGUGCCUUACUGUCCGGGUGACAGGUCUAGCAAAGGACAGUCGAUGCGCAUUUCACGCAAUCAACAGGAAGAUGAUUCAGAUGAUCCCGUGUACAGUGAUGUGGAUGACGUCCCCACCCCUCCCCCACACAGGAGAGCAUUGGGUCCAACUUCAUCAUUACCUGCUUACAGGGGAGACGACUUCUACGAUGACGUGGAGGGGAUGAUUUCUCCAUCGAGAUCGAAGUGCUGUGUUGCUCUUUACGAUUUCGACGGGGAGAAUGAUGGAGAUCUGAAAUUAAGUGCCGGUGAUAAAGUUCAAGUCAUAAACAGUGCUGAUGAAAACUGGUGGGAAGGCAAAAGUAAAGGAAAAACAGGGUUCUUCCCUGCUUCAUACGUACAGGUAAUUUCUGCUACUGAUGUCAUUCUUCGAUGCCUGUUUAAUUUCACUGGUCAAGAAGGAGACGAGUUGACAAUUCAGGCAAAUCAGAUAGUUGUUCAGAUCAGAGACGAAGGCAAUGGAUGGAUCUUUGGGAGAACUGGCUCGGUAGAAGGGGCCUUUCCAGCGACAUACGUUGAAAAAGUUACUAAUAAUGGUCCUGAUUAGUGUUUAUCUGCGUUAGAACGGACCUAGCCGUGUUAGCAGAAAACUUUGUCUCAGUAUCCUCUUCCUCCCUCUCUCGAGUUCAGAAGAAAGAACUCUGGGUACUUGGUUGGUUUCAAAUGGUAAAUAUGUGGUACAAGCGACAAGCAGUGGUCUUGUAAUUCAUUUUGUCGCCAUAGAGUGAAUUGUCAUGUCUCCAUCUUAAUUACUGGAUGUGGAAUGAAACUUGGAUCCUCAGAAUGGUCCAAAAUAAUAGCUCAUAAACAGAGAAAUUAAAAGGUUAAAUGAAAAAGAGAAGAAGAAUUGCUAGUAGGGAAGGG